CACCAACUCCAGCCCCAAGCUCCCAAACAAUUACUUACCUCAGAUACCCACGGAAACGGCAAGCAGCCUUCCCAUUCCGACUGACAAAAAAGUAUAUUCAAGGGUCAAAACCGCAUCCUCGGCCCCCGACCUUCUCCCUGCAGUUCCCUCAGAGUCGGCCUCCAGGAUGAACGUCGACACUAUCUCCGACUUCCUCGCCGAACAGCGGGAUGGCACUGUCGAAGAGCUGCAACCGGUUGUGCUUGAGAUUGAGACGCUAUGGGAACGCAAGCUGUGGCACCAGCUGACGAACCAGCUGAUCGAAUUCUUCAACCACCCGGGCAGCGCCCCACAGCGCUUACAGUUCUACAAGGUCUUCAUCCUCAAGUUUGCGGAUAAGAUCAACCAGCUCAAGCUCGUCGACCUUGCGUUGAAGGCGGCAACACAAUGUAGAGAUAACCAAGAACGCCUUUCCUUCAUGGAGGCGGUCGUCAAGAAGGUGGACAACGAAGACUCGCAAGACGCUCUAGUAUUUGCUACGAUUGCUGUAGCACGCGUGAAGCUCGACCUCAACGACCUCGACGGUGCAAGGAAAGAUUUGGAUAAGGCAGAACGGGUGCUCGACAGCUUCGACUCGGUCGAGACGAUCGUGCACGCUGCCUUCUACGGCGCCAACGCCGACUACUACCAGGCCAAGGCCGACUUUGGCUCGUACUACCGCACCGCGCUCCUGUACCUCGCCUGCAUCGACAUCAACUCCCUCUCCCCCGCCGAGCGGCGCAACCGGGCCUACGACCUUUCCAUCGCCGCGCUUGUUAGCUCAAGCAUCUACAAUUUCGGCGAGCUGCUGCUACACCCAAUCCUUGGCGCACUCUCCGAGCGUGAAGACGACAAGUGGUUGCGCGACCUCCUCUUCGCCUUCAACCGUGGCGACCUCGGGGCGUACGAUGUGCUGGCAGACCAGAUCAACUCGAACCCGCUCCUGGCUCAGCACAACCGUCAGCUGCGGGAGAAGAUCUACCUAGCGGCGCUAACCGAGGCGGUGUUCAGGCGGCCGCCGCACGACCGCGCCAUGACCUUCGACACGAUCGCAGCCGAGACCAAGGUACGGCCGGACGAGAUCGAGCACCUUAUUAUGAAGGCGCUCAGCUUGGGUCUGCUGCGCGGAACCAUCGACCAGGUGGACCAGGUGGCGCACAUCAACUGGGUGCAGCCCAAGGUGCUGGACAUGCAACAGAUCGAGAACAUGCGGCAGCGGUUACUAGAGUGGGAUUCGAGUGUCAACCAACUGGGAAAUUGGAUCGAGAACGUAGGGCAGGAUGUGUGGGUAGUGUAGAGUGGCAUGGUGAUAUCCCCUUCGUUGGAUGGGCCCGGAUUCCCGGGUCAGCAUUCACAUAAACGGAAAUGCCUUGUAUGUUAUGGAUGAUAGACUGGGCAGGAGUCUGUGAAUGGCAAAAUGCAACGGGCUACUGAAAUCGAGCCCAUCGACAAUAUGGAGUUCACCACUCCUGCUAUCAGGGCUAUGGGUAUCACAUCCCCACCUUAUUUAUUCCAUUCAAACCAGCCCCUGGUCUUGCAACUGCUUCAAACACCCCAAACCCCUUCCAGGUAAAAGAUACCUUCACGCAGUCUUCUCCUUCCCCCCAG